CCAUUUUCCUGUAGAUCAACUCUUGACACGAAGCUACUUCAGGAAUUGCUUUGACUACUUGGAGAGAGAGAGCCUUUUCAUUCGAUUUCAGUCUCCUUCAAGCCUAUGGCUGUGCCAACAAAAGAGGAUGAAGACCCACCUAUUUCCUCCACUUCAUUGCUUUCUUUUGACACAGAUGACUGUUCCCCAUCGUCUCCUACAAAAAUUCCUUUCAAUUCGGUAAUUUUCACUGCUCUGAUUCUCGCCACUUGUGUAUCUCUAUCUACAGCUAUUACCUUUGCUUUCCUCUUCUUUUCACAUUCUUCUAUCUCCUCUAUUUCGCAUGUAUCUCGCCCACUUCAAAAACUCAAACAUCCUGUUGUUCUCUUGAUUUCAUCUGAUGGGUUUCGCUUUGGGUAUCAGUACAAGACGGAUACCCCAAAUAUGGAUAGGUUGAUUAGGAAUGGGACAGAAGCUGAACUGGGUUUAAUUCCUGUAUUCCCAACUUUGACUUUUCCUAAUCAUUAUGCUAUUGUUACCGGUUUGUACCCUGCUUAUCAUGGUAUUAUAAAUAACUAUUUCCUUGAUCCGAUUACUGGAGAGCAUUUCAAUAUGGGGAGUCAUGAUCCUAAGUGGUGGCUCGGUGAGCCGCUUUGGGAGACUGUAGUCAAUCAUGGUCUUAAGGCUGCUACUUAUUUCUGGCCUGGAUCUGAGGUAAAUAAAGGAGGCUGGACUUGUCCAGAGUCUCUUUGUAAGAGGUAUAAUGGUUCUGUGCCAUUUGAAGAACGAGUUGAUACUGUUUUGAAAUAUUUUGAUUUGCCAAAUGAUGAAAUUCCGUCGUUUAUGACACUCUAUUUUGAAGACCCUGAUCAUCAGGGUCACAAAGUUGGACCUGAUGAUCCUCAAAUCACUGAAGCCAUUGCAAGAGUUGAUGGGAUGAUUGGGAAGUUGAUCCAAGGUUUAGAAGCAAGAGGGGUUUUUGAGGAUGUGAAUAUUAUAAUGGUUGGUGAUCAUGGUAUGGUUGGCACCUGCGAUAGAAAGUUAAUUUUCUUGGAGGAUUUGGCUCCAUGGAUUGAAAUUCCAAAGGAUUGGAUACAGUCAUAUAGUCCAUUGCUUUCCAUUCGUCCACCACCAAGUUACUCUGCCAAGGAUGUCGUUACCAAGAUGAAUGAGGGCUUAAAGUCAGGGAAGGUUAACAAUGGGCAGUAUUUGAAAGUCUAUCUAAAGGAGGAACUGCCUGAUCGGCUGCAUUAUUCUGCGAGUGAUCGAAUACCACCCAUCAUUGGGUUGAUUGAUGAAGCAUUUAAGGUCGAACAGAAGAGCUUAAAAAGGUUUGAAUGUGGUGGAUCUCAUGGUUAUGACAAUGCAUUCUUCUCAAUGAGGACCAUUUUCAUUGGCCAUGGUCCUAAGUUUGCUAGUGGCCGUAAAGUCCCAUCUUUUGAGAAUGUUCAGAUUUACAACCUGGUUACCAAAAUCCUUAAUUUACAAGGAGCAUCCAAUAACGGGACAACAUCAUUUCCAGACACGAUUCUCUUACCCAGCCACUGAGUUAUAGCUAGUUAUGAAUAUAUUCUCUAUGCUACCAGAGGUGAGAGAUCAUCAUAUGAUUUUUAUAUGCUUCUCUUAACAAUUACAAAAUAUUGUCAAGUUGAUUCAAGGUGAUGAUCUAGUGCUGUAGGUUAUGCACCUCUGUACCUCGUGGCAUCACUUCACUUUUGUCGGCGUCCAGAUUUAUAGUCUAUUAGGUGUUGCAACUUCUAUUUUGUUGCUGGCUUAUUUUAAGAUUAGUAAAUUAGAUAGAAAAUGAAUAAUGUUCAAUAUAUUUGUUGACCGUAUCCAUAUUCUACCUUUUACUCCAUUUUCCUGGCAUGUAUUAUGUUAUCUAUCAUCUCCUUAUAUUUGUGGAUUCAAGAAUUGUACAAUCUCCUGCGUCCCCUUAUUAUAUUGACGAGGGAAGAACUUGGGGAGUAGAAUAGAAAAACCAAAAGUCAAGUAUCUGUUUGCCAUGUAUGAUUGGUAGUAAGAACAUUAAGGUCAUUGACACCA